AUGACCACAGGAGCUCCGGGUAUUGAUCAGGGAGUACCAAAUGAAGACCAGGGUCCGGCCAUCCUGGGGGCUACACUGACAGUCACCAUUGCAGCCUUGAUCACAAUGGUGACGAGACUGUUUGUGAGAAUACGAAUGAUUCGCAACGUAGGAUGGGAUGAUUAUGUGAUGGUUUCGUCCAUGAUACUGUGUAUCGUGGGCCAAAUUAUCAUCAUUCCCGAAGUCCACCUCGGAGCUGGACGACACAAAGAGUACAUCGACGCGAGCGACUUCGCCAACGGCUUCAAACUCAACUUCAUCACCCAGAUUCUCUACCUUUUCGCCAUCUGUCUCGUCAAACUCUCAGUCGGUUUCUUCUUGCUUCGCAUCGCAGUCACCCGUGUCUACAGACGCAUCAUCAUCGGCGUCAUGGCCUUCAUGGCCUUCUACACCAUCGGGUGCUUUUUCACGCUUGUCCUGCAGUGCACGAAUCUCGCGGUGCAGUGGGAUCCUACCGCCACGGGAACGUGCUGGCCUCCGCACACCAUCAAGGCGCUCAGUUAUACAAACGUGACACUGAACGUCUUCACAGACAUACUACUCAGCUUCGCAAUCCCCAUUCCACUACUCUGGGGGCUGCAGAUGAACAAGCCACAAAGGCUAUCACUGAUAUGCGUUUUCGGCCUCGGAAUCUUCGCCACAGCCGCAGCACUGGCGCGAAUCACCUUCCUGACCUCGUACGGCAAAACCGCCGACUGGCUCUGGGACUCAAGCAACCUAACCAUCUGGGCUGUGGUUGAGUCAAACAUAGGGAUCAUCGCCGGCAACCUACCAUGUCUGAAGCCCCUAUUCCGCGCGGUCCUAGGCAGCACGUACGGCCGAGGCUCCCACAAAACCACCGUGCCGCCGACAUACAGCCACGCAUCGCGACCGUACGAGUCCAGCACGGGACAGCAGAGUGUCAACGCCAAAGGCUGGUCUGCGCUGGCGAGCACCAGAACCGUGGGGCGCGGUCGUGAUAACGAAUGUGAUGUCGAUCGUGAUGUCGAUCGUGACACCGAGUUCCCGCGCUCCUACUCCACAAAGGGGAGCUACCUCCUCACGACCAUCAACGCAGACCGCGAUCGCGACCGCGACCGCGACCUCAACCCAACAAGAGCGAGUAUGGGCGCUGGCGCUGACGCGGGGGAAAGCACGCGGAAGAGCAGCCAAGAGGGCCUGACGCGAAUGCCGGCGCCAAGCGGGUUUAGCGGAAUUAAAGUCGAAACCGAGGUGAAUGUCGUCGAGUCGCCCAGUGCGUCGGAUUUUGGAUUUGUGGAUGCGGAGAGGAGGGAGGGAAGGGAUUGUAUUUAG